AUGAUUUUCGACUCACACGCCCUCAGCUGUGUUAUUGCAACCAUUUGCAUCUUUUCCUUCAAAUAUUUUGUCCUGCUUCUCUUCCCUUUUAGUGAAUUGAUGCGUACUAUGAGAGCACUUUUUUCAGAGAAAAACAACAAUCCAGCUGAUGACAGCAGUAGUGUCAACAAUAAUAGCAAUGAUGCUACUAGUACCAGCCAUGCUAACAUUAACGCCAAUGCUGAUGCCAUAAACAAUAAUGCUAGCACCAAUAGCGCUAGUAACGUCAGUACUACUUCUACACCUGCCGACACUAAAGUCCCUUCAUCUCUACCAUCUUCUCCAUCAUCUUCAUUAGGCUAUGUCUCAGCAGCACCCAUUCCUUUCAGUAGCUCUUAUGAAUCUCUUACGGCUACAGUGAAGAACGUUCAAGAGCAAUCUAUCGCAGCUGCAUUGGACUUGGCUGACAAGAUUGAUUAUUUGAAGCAAGAGAACCAAGCAUUGAAUGCGCACAUUGUUGCCUUACAAAAUCAGCUAACAGAAGAAAAAAGCCGAGCGGACAACCUGUUACAUACCACAGCAAACCGAAUUGACAUUCUGGAACGCUAUGUACAGAACGAUUUGAAGUUUGAGGAUCAAAGAAAGCAUGAGGUGCAAGAAGUCCAAGUUUUGUCUCAAAGAAACACUGAUCUGAUCAACGAAAGAAUCAACGCUGUGGAGGACCAGCUAACAAAGUUGUUUGAAGAGUUUGAAGACAGAAGAAGCAAAGAGCUCCAGUCAUUUGCCACCACUUUCAAGUCCUUGAGAAAACGUUGUGAUGAAUUCAAGGUAGAACUAGACAAACAAAUUCAGCAGACAGCAAGCCAGACCAAAGAUACUGCAAUGAACACUGCAACGAUCAAGGAAACUCUCGCUUCGAAUGCACUGGGUAAUCUUGGGAAGAGCGUUCGCGAUGCAAUGGACCUUUGUGAAAGUAAGCUCAAUAAGGUGGAAGCUGAACGUGAGAUGCUGCAGUUUGUGGCGGAAGACAGAGGUGAAGAGCUCAAAAUACUCCUUGAAAGAGUUGUUGCCCUGGAGACAGAAUUUGAUGAUAUGAGAGAAGAAGUUAGAAACGGCCCGACUGAGAUGAGCGGAAGUAUAGACUCAAUGGAACAAGAUAUUCAUCACAUUGUGCGGGAAAUGGGCGUACAACUUGGUGUCCUGGAUACUCAUGACAAGUCUCCUCAAGAAACAAUAGAUGUUACUGAUGAGACUUAUUAA